AUGCAAAUACUACCAGGAUUUGAGACCAGAGCAACUAUUGGAAAAGUCUGCAAACUAAAGCACUCACUUUAUGGCCUUAAACAAUCUCCUCGAACAUGGUUUAAUCGAUUCAGUCGGACUGUAAAAGGAAUGGGAUAUAAACAGAGUAAUGCAGAUAAUACUCUAUUAUAUAGGCAUCUCAAGGGAAAGAAAACUAUACUCUUGGUUUAUGUUGAUGAUAUUGUAAUAACAGGAGAUGACCAUCAUGAGAUUAAACAACUCAAAGAAAAACUAAAGCAAGCAUUUAAGGUAAAAGAUCUGGGUCCACUAAGAUAUUUUUUGGGCAUAGAAGUUGGACGAUCAUCCAAAUAUAUUUUUCUGUCACAACGAAAGUAUGUACUAGAUUUGCUUUCUGAGACUGGGAUAUUGGGGUGUAAGCCUGCUACUACUCCAAUAAAUCAGAAUCAUCGAACAGUGACAGAUGGUGGAGCUCCUGUUGAUCGAGAAAGGUACCAGCGGUUGGUUGGAAGGUUGAUAUAUCUUUCAUAUAUAAGACCAGAUAUAGCCUAUGCUAUCAGUGUCAUCAGUCAAUACAUGCAUGAUCUACGAGAAUCACACAUGGAGAGAGCUUUCAGAGUAUUACGCUAUCUGAAAAGAUGUCCUGAUCGUGGUUUGUUGUUCUCACAACACAACACCUUCCAGGUAGAGGGAUUCACUGAUGCAGAUUGGGCUGGGUCAUUGGAUGAUAGGCGAUCUACUUUUGCAUAUUGUACAUAUGUAGGGGGUAAUUUAGUUACCUGGAGAAGUAAGAAACAGUCAGUGGUGGCUAGAUCAUCAGCAGAAGCUGAAUAUAGAGCAAUGGCUCUAGGCAUAUGUGAACUUUUUUGGCUUUAG